CCCUGCGGACUUUUUCAGCAGUAGUCAGUAAUUUAGGCACAGACAGAGUCAGAGUUAAACGGCCAAUAAGAACCUCACAGACUGUUAUCGUAGAAUUAUAGAUUAUGGAUGACGAUAUUCCUGAUUUAGUGGAAGAGUUACCAGGGAACUUAAAUGAGUUACCUGUAACUAAGAAAUCAUCGACUGAUCUACUUAAGACUCAGCAAGAGCAAGUAUCAGAUAACAGUAAUGAAGAUAAUAAUAAUGAUGAAGAACCACUAAAUAGAAAAAUUCCCGUAUCUAUUAUAACCGGAUAUUUGGGAUCAGGAAAAUCUACAUUACUCGAUAGAAUAGGGAAAACUUCUAAUAAACGAUUAGCAAUUAUAUUGAAUGAAUUUGGAGAUUCUUCAGUAAUAGAGAAAUCUGUUACUGUUAAAGAUACUCAAAAGAAUGAAUCUAUUGAAGAAUGGUUAGAUCUUGGUAAUGGAUGUUUAUGUUGUACAGUUAAGGAUAAUGGAGUGGCAGCUAUUGAACAAUUAGUAGAAAAAUCAAAAGAUAGAAUAGAUUAUAUUUUAUUAGAAACUACUGGUGUAGCAGAUCCAUCUCCAAUUGCUAAAAUGUUUUGGUUAGAUGAAGGUUUAGCAUCAAGUAUUUAUAUUGAUAGUGUAAUAACAGUAGUUGAUGCUGAAAAUAUCCUCACAUGUCUUGAUGAUAUUGGAGGACAUUGGCAUCGAGAACAUCAUCAUUUAAAAUCAGUUCAAGAUACAAAUAAUGAUACUAGUCAAGUAGAAAUUGAAAAUGAAGUUAAACAAUUAGAAGAAGGUUUAACUACAGCCCAUAUUCAAAUAGCUUUGGCCGAUACAAUAUUAAUUAAUAAAAUUGAUAAAUUAAAUGAUUCGAAAGAAAAACUUGAACAGAUUGAAAAUAGAAUAAGAAGUAUAAAUCAAACAGCUCCACUUCAUACUACAAGUUUUGGAGAUAUUCAAUUAGAUAAGAUUCUUGAUCUUCGAGCAUUUGAUUUAAGUUCUGAAAGAUUAAGUCAAUCAAUUUAUAUUCAACAAGAUACUAGUUUUCAUGAUCAUCGAAUUACCACCAUUACAUUGGAUUUCCCCUUCUUCACUAAGGAUGAACAAUUUGAUCAAUUUGAAUCAUUUUUACAAUAUGUACUAUGGGAAAAUAAAAUGAAUUCCAAAGAUGUUGAAAUUCAUCGUCUUAAAGGAUUAUUAAUUAAGAAAACUCAUGAUAAUGAAGCCAUUGUAAAAGUAGUUCAAGCAGUUAGAGAUACUUAUGAUAUUGUUGAAGAUGGUCAACUUUUAGAUGAAGUUCAUGAUAAUAAAGUGGUGUUUAUAGGUAAAGAUCUUCAUUAUGAUGAUAUCUUAACUGAAUUAAAACAUUAUAUAAACUUUUAGGUAAAUUGGCUUGUAUAUAUUGGAGUAAUAAAUUGGCAUGUAUAUAUUGUAAUAAAAUGGUUAUAUACACACACACACAUAGUAAAUAAUUACG